UUUUAAACACAAAAUUGCACGGAUCAAAGUAGAACUCUCCUGUCACCUCCUCACCUCAAGGGCCUGAGUUCAACAGAACCGAUCCCAGUUCCCAGCCAGUUGCAUAUACCACUGAAGGAAAAUGAACAUACUGAACAGCCACCACUUUUUGUACUUUUUGCCUACCACACACCUUGUCAUCUUAUUAGCAGCUUUGACAACUGCUGAGGAUGUGACUAACAGCACUUUCAACCGCACUGACGUGAACGUGGGAUCUGUGCCUGUGGUGAUCUCCCACAUCGACCAUGUUAUAGUCAAGGAGGGGAGUAGUGCCUUGAUCGACUGCAAUGUCCAAGGUAGUCCUAGUCCACAUUACAAAUGGUACAAUUCCAAUGGCCGCCUGCUCCAAGAGGAAGAGAAUAGAGCAGGGAAAUGGUGGUUUCUUGACAAUGGGCUACUAAACAUUACCAGCGUGUCUUUUGAAGACAGAGGUAAAUACACAUGUGUCGCAUCUAAUAUGUAUGGCAGUAUUAACAAUACUGUGACACUGAGGGUUGUUUUUACCUCCGGAGAUAUGGGAAUCUAUUACAUGAUUGUCUGCCUUGUAGCUUUUACCAUUGUUAUGAUACUGAACAUUACUCGGUUAUGUAUGAUGAGCAGUCAUCUGAAGAAAACAGAGAAAGCAAUCAAUGAAUUCUUCAGAACAGAAGGGGCAGAGAAACUCCAGAAAGCCUUUGAGAUUGCGAAACGUAUCCCAAUUAUCACUUCAGCCAAAACACUUGAGCUUGCCAAAGUAACCCAGUUCAAGACCAUGGAAUUUGCUCGCUAUAUUGAAGAGCUUGCUAGGAGUGUACCUUUGCCACCUCUCAUCAUGAACUGCAGGACUAUAAUGGAAGAAAUUAUGGAGGUUGUUGGUCUGGAGGAGCAAGGACAGAAUUUUGUACGGCAGACAGCAGAAGGCCAGGAAACCACUGAAACAGAUGAGCUGUAUAUGAUCCCAAAUGCUUUGAAGCGCAGUGACUCUCCCACAGCGGACUCUGAUGCAUCAUCACUGCACGAACCACCUCAACAGAUUGCAAUAAAAGUGUCAGUUCACCCGUUGUCCAAAAAGGACUGCAUGGACGGUCAGUCACAAGAAAGCGUGCAGUUGGACACCAAGGAAGAAGACACUCCCCAAACACCAGCACUUCCUGCAGAGCCCCUUCCUGAGCCUUCUGCUGAACUCAGUUCUGAUGACACAGCAUUGGCAAAUGACAAAAAUACAUGCGUUAUAUAUGAAAGCCAUGUAUGAUAGUUACUCCUGAAUCUAUGCAUAGCAGGAAAAUCAGGUGGAGCUCUUUUAAAAAUACAUAUUGUACUUGCCGCUAAGCCUUACCUGGAGACUAUCAUAGCAAAAGCAUGUAUGUGGAUUAUUUGGCACUUUCUUCUCAGUUUGACUUUAGUUUACCAUGAUGUAUGGCAGAGUAAUUGCUAUUACAUUAAUAUUAAUUGCUCUUUUCGAUUAGGAGUAUUUCUAAGAAACGUUUACCUCAGCAUUUUCUAGGUUGGAGUCACCUGUAGUGGCCUCCUGGAAGUCAUUGGUAGUCUUUGAUGUAGGACACUUGAACUUACUAAACAUAAGACUGGUUUUCAUUUUCCUCCUUCACUCUCUUUAUUUCUAUCUAUUGCAUUUUUGCAAAUAUUAUCUUGUGAAUUUGAAAUAUUGCCCAAGAGGCAGCACUCCAGUAGCCAAAUAAAAUCCUAAGAGAUCCCAUUUACAAAGCCUGAUUGCUCAGCUGCAUGGUGAUUUAGAGGGCUAUUAAAGAAAGUUAAAAUGUUUCCAUUUCAUUUGAGACCACACUGCUUAGGCACAAGGGAAAAAGUUUUCCCUUUUCCAUGGAAUGAAAAUGCCAACAAUUGUUUUUUUCACAUCGGGAAACAGCUUUGAGGGGUAUCUUACAGAUGGGAAAGCCCAUAGGCAUCUUACAGAAAGUUGCAGUCACAACAGCUCUGCAGGGAUUUUCUGCUUAUAUUUGACCAUUUUUUACUCUGCCAGAAGUUUUUAUGGAAACCAGCUGCAAAUAUGCAAGAUGUCUUGUUUUGCAGUAAUUUGGUAGGAGUAAGUAUGCACUACCUUACCAGAAGAUGUGCAGUUUCCUUACUGGUCCUGCAAAUGCCAGUAAUUAGCUGAUGACAAGGCUGAAAUGGCAGAAGACCCUUUUACUGGGAUUCUCAAUUUUUUGCAGAUUCAUAUUCUGAAGAUCAAGCCUAAAUUCAUCUAUAAGCCUAAGUUUAAGAGUGUUUUAUCCAAAUAAAAAAAAAUAUAAUCGAGUAGUGUGAAAAUAUAUAAUCAAGUGUCCUGUGAAAUUACAAUGACAAUUACACAAACUGUUUACUGUGUUACAAUUGCUUUGGUAUCUGAGGAACCUCCUACCUAUGUAGGAUGUUCACUGCUUGAGUACAUGUGACUCUACCCCAGUAAAGCUUUAAUGAUCACAGCGAUUGUGGCAUUAAAAAACAUCAACAUUUAUGCCAGGAAAUGCUAGGAGUGGAAGGGAUGUGAUAAUUUCUAUUGCAGACAAACAAUAAAAAGGACCUUCUCUGGAGUGAGCCUGGAAAGAAAGCACUUACAAGGAGCAAUUUGUGUAGGAUUAAUAGCAUAUUACUUAAUUACCUGGCACACAUUUAAUUUGGAACUAAUGAGCAAACUAUCACCUUUCAGUUUUUAAGAAGGACUGUAGUGCAAGUAUACAUACUCAGAAUAAAUCUGGAACCAAGUAUAUUGUAGAAAAAAGUCACCUAGGUCUAUGGGGAGAUGAUGCAUGGAUGGUGCACUGGACAUUUUAUCGAAGUAGCCACAUCUACAUAAGGUGUCUGUGGAGGCAAUCAGGUAUAUUAACUGCACAGGUAAUUGAGACCAAACAAAGUCAAUGUUGCAGCUAUCUAAAAAAACCCUUGAUAAUGAAUUGGUGUUUUAUGUUAACUUCUUCAUGUUAAAGUGCAGAGCUUCACUAGCAGUGUAAUACAGGAACACCCCGUGACUUACGUAGGUGAUGCAGAGAAGGCUCCCUAUUUACCUUCCUAUGGUUAUUAAAAAAAAUACAUCUUUAAUAAUGGACUUCAAAUUUUGUGGCCAGCUUGUGAAAAUGACAGCAUUUAAGUUGCCUAACGUUUGUUUGUGCUUGCCACAGUGGCAGGCAUCUAUAUGAAAUGCAUUUGCACAUGCCCAAAAGGAACCAUGCAAGGGCAAAGUCCCUUUAGGAAUGUGGCUGGAAAUAUUUUAGUUCCAGUGAAGCAAUAUAAAUCUAGAACACAGGGUAGAUUAAGAGAAUACCAUAAAGAACCUCACUUCUGACCAGUAUGAUUGAAAAUACUACUGAUGCAAACUGUUAACUUCUUGUCUGAGUCCAAAGCACAUUCCUGUUUAGUGUUCACAUCAAUUUUUCAAGUCACUUAAUUUGCUUCUGGUAGGAAAAAAGACAAGGGCAGAAACAAAAGCAGGAAGUUGCACUAAAUUCUUUUAAUUCACCCUAACCUCCUGAAAAGAGGCAUCUUGAUUAUUUUUUUUUACAGUAGAGACCAGACCCCUUCAUGUAUUCAUAUGGUGAUUGAUCCCAGGCCAGUUCUGAUCCUGACUGCUGCCCUCAGGCUGUCCUCCAGCCUGAUUAUUAUUUAUUUAUUGAGAAACACUUGAGACCAAAUGAUCCUCAUGGUUUCUUCAGUAUCUCUGUGUAAACUUCCUUGAAGAUACAGAUUGUGUUUUUUUCUAGAGGUUGCCCACAAAGAGCAUGUAUUUGAAGUACACACAAACGUACAUUGCAAGCUACAUAUG